CCCUCACCUCUGCAGCCAUACCAGCUGAAAUCCACGGGCCAGACCCACAGAUGCCCAGGUUGGAACAAAACGCUUCCUGACUCAGUUUUGCCACGGACCAUCAAACCGCCCUGGGAAGGCCAGCUUCAGCCCUUCCACGCAAGCGGCCAGAGGGAUUCCAGUCAUGGGUGAGGUGACAGCAGAGGAGGUGGAGAAGUUCCUGGACUCGAAUGUCAGCUUUGCCAAGCAGUACUACAACCUCCGCUACCGGGCCAAGGUCAUCUCGGACAUGCUGGGGGCCAAGGAGGCCGCGGUGGACUUCAGCAAUUACCACUCGCUGAACAGCGUGGAGGAGAGUGAAAUCAUCUUUGACCUCCUGCGGGACUUCCAGGAGAAUCUGCAGACCGAGAAAUGCAUCUUCAACGUCAUGAAGAAGCUGUGCUUCCUUCUGCAGGCAGACCGCAUGAGCCUGUUCAUGUACAGGGUCCGAAACGGCAUCGGGGAGCUGGCCACACGGCUCUUCAAUGUUCACAAGGAUGCUGUCCUUGACGAAUGCCUCGUGGUGCCCGACUCGGAGAUCGUGUUCCCCCUGGAUAUGGGUGUGGUUGGUCACGUCGCACACUCUAAAAAGCUCGCCAACGUCCUCAACACAGAAGAGGAUGAGCAUUUCUGUGACUUCGUGGACAUCCUCACAGAAUACCAGACCAAGAACAUCUUGGCUUCCCCCAUAAUGAAUGGGAAGGACAUGGUGGCCGUACUCAUGGCUGUGAAUAAACUGAAUGAGCCCCAUUUCACCAAGAGAGAUGAAGAGAUUCUUCUCAAGUACCUCAAUUUUGCAAAUAUAAUCAUGAAGGUGUACCACCUGAGUUACCUGCACAACUGUGAGACUCGGCGUGGCCAGAUACUGCUGUGGUCUGGGAGCAAAGUCUUUGAAGAGCUUACGGAUAUCGAACGACAGUUCCACAAAGCCCUGUACACAGUCCGAGCCUUCCUCAACUGCGACAGAUAUUCUGUGGGGCUCUUAGACAUGACCAAGCAGAAGGAAUUUUUUGACGUGUGGCCAGUCCUGAUGGGUGAGGCUCCACCCUAUUCUGGUCCCAGGACUCCAGAUGGAAGGGAAAUCAACUUUUACAAGGUCAUUGACUACAUCCUGCAUGGCAAAGAAGACAUCAAAGUAAUCCCGAACCCACCUCCUGAUCAUUGGGCUUUAGUAAGUGGUCUCCCCACUUAUGUUGCUCAGAAUGGCCUGAUUUGCAACAUCAUGAAUGCGCCUGCGGAGGACUUUUUCGAAUUCCAGGCAAAGCCUCUGGAUGAGUCCGGAUGGAUGAUUAAGAAUGUCCUUUCUAUGCCAAUUGUGAACAAGAAGGAAGAGAUUGUUGGGGUGGCCACGUUUUACAAUCGCAAAGAUGGGAAACCCUUUGAUGAGAUGGACGAGACCCUCACGGAGUCAUUGGCUCAGUUCCUGGGCUGGUCCGUCUUAAAUCCUGACACCUAUGAGUCAAUGAACAAACUUGAAAACAGGAAGGACAUUUUCCAGGACAUGGUAAAAUACCACGUGAAGUGUGACAACGAAGAGAUCCAGACAAUCCUGAAAACCAGAGAGGUGUACGGGAAGGAGCCAUGGGAAUGUGAGGAAGAGGAACUCGCUGAGAUCCUGCAAGGAGAGCUGCCAGAUGCGGAGAAAUAUGAAAUUAAUAAAUUCCACUUCAGCGACUUGCCCCUGACAGAGCUGGAGCUAGUGAAAUGUGGGAUACAGAUGUACUAUGAGCUCAGAGUGGUAGAUAAAUUUCACAUUCCUCAGGAGGCGCUGGUGCGAUUCAUGUACUCGCUGAGUAAGGGCUACCGCAGGAUCACCUACCACAACUGGCGGCACGGCUUCAACGUGGGGCAGACCAUGUUCUCCUUGCUGGUGACGGGAAAGCUGAAGCGGUACUUCACGGACCUAGAGGCCUUGGCCAUGGUCACCGCUGCCUUCUGCCAUGACAUUGACCACAGAGGCACCAACAACCUCUACCAGAUGAAAUCCCAGAAUCCACUGGCCAAGCUCCAUGGGUCCUCCAUCUUGGAAAGACACCACUUGGAGUUUGGCAAAACGUUGCUGAGAGAUGAGAGCCUGAAUAUCUUUCAAAACCUCAAUCGCAGGCAGCACGAGCAUGCAAUCCACAUGAUGGACAUUGCAAUCAUCGCCACAGACCUUGCCCUGUAUUUCAAGAAGAGGACAAUGUUCCAAAAGAUCGUGGAUCAGUCUAAGACAUAUGAAACUGAACAGGAGUGGACACAGUACAUGAUGCUGGAGCAGACCCGGAAGGAAAUUGUUAUGAGGCCUCCAACCCAGGAAAAAACUGAAGCUUUGCCAGGACAGAAUUGCAGAUAUUAUGGUGUGUGUUUAAUUUUUGCACUAAAAUACAAACCAGUGUAUUUUAUUAACAAUAUUUUGUAUUUUAUAACAAAAUAUUAUUGUUUUAUUUCUCUGUAUAGAAAAAGCAUCACAUUUGAAGUAUUUCUAUCAUAAGAGUCAGAAUUUUGGUAGUAAGGUGAUAUAACUUUAAAGGUUUUGAUAAAACACCAAGCAUUAUACCAAUGAUGAUUUGAGUGAUAUCUAUGUGUCAAUAAAAAUAUGUAGGCUUAGGGGCACCUGGGUGGCUCAGUCAGUUGAGUGUCGACUUCAGCUCCGAUCGCGAUCUCACGGUUUGUGAGUUCGAGCCCCACGUCGGGCUUUGUGCUGACAGCUCAGAGCCUGAAGCCUGCUUUGGGUUCUGUGUCUCCCUCCUCUCUCUGCCCCUCCCAUGCUAAUGCUCUGUCUCUCUCUGUCUCUCAGUAAUAAAUAAACGUUAAAAUCUUUUUUAAUAUGCUGACAAUUUUUUUUGCAUUCCUUUAUAUAUGGCAAUGUCCUGCAAUAUAACUCUGCUAUUCACACAUCAGGUACAUGAUUUAUGUCAGAUUUAUAGUGCCUGGUUGGCAUGAAGUCUGGUAAUGGGACUCACAUUUAAGUUUUCUAAUGAAUGCCUUCUUUCAAUUCCCUCUGUGUGCCUCUGUGAGUCACCUCAAAUGAUGUUGGGGUGAGAAGUGUAAAUUUGAGGCCUCUUGUGAUGAUGUGGCCCAAGCCAAAUGAUCCCCUGGCUCCCGUGUGAUGAGUCCUAGGUAUCGAUGGUCAGGGAACACAAGGCUUGACCAGUUCGCAAGGAAGUAUCAGGCUUUAUCCCCAGAUGCCCCUGUGGAGAUGAGGCUUGAUUAAAUCACAAAUGUUGCAAGACCCUAAAACAGAGAAGAGGGGGCUGCUGGGACAGGCUCAGGGAGGAGGGGCAAAUCGCAAGCUGUCCUUCCCUCAGCCUUGCAGCUGUCCAACCAGGCAGAUCCGUUGAUCUUGGGGAUCUGUGUGACCUGUUCCCAGUGACCAAGGGGGCACCCUCAGGCUAUGGUUGCUCCCAGGAGCUGCCCGACUGGACAUUUCAAAGUGGCGCCGCAGAAAAAUUGAACAAAUGGAAAGAACACGCUGUUCCUGGUUAGGGGCACUUAAUAUUAAAUGUGGUCUAUUCUCCCUAAUUAAUUAUUCACUUAGGGCGAUUCCAAGGAAAAUACAUCUACUUUAUUUGGGGGAUCCUUAGGAAGCAAUUUCAAAAUUCUUAUUGAAAAAUAAGUAUGCAAGAAUGACCAGAAAAUUCUGAAACAGAAGAGUAAUGAUAGGAACCAGAAGGACUAAAGGCAGUUCAGUCCUAGGCAUUAGUAAGACAGGUCCACGGGGCAGAUUCUGAAGACCAUGCCUGUGUUAGAAGUGGAUCUUUUACCAGUGAAGAAAGGGACAAGUUCAUAAAUGACGUUGGGACCAUAAGGCAGUCUGAUGGGUUUUUUCCUCCCUUUCUUGGUGAAAUGGACACCCAGACUGAGUGUCCUACCGAGUUCACUCAAUUCUGACACUGUCUGUAUGGAGGUAGCAUUAGAGCCCACAGGUUAAGGGCCAGUCCCACAAAGACUGCCCCCUUCUGACACCAACUGCAGGUCAAGGUUGCUACCUCUGCUCUGACCACCUGGCUAUAAAUCGGAGGUUCCCAUGACCCCCUCCUUGGGUUCUAUUAAUUUGCUAGAGCAGCUCACAGGACUCGGAGAAACAUUUGCUAAUAUCUAUCAGUUGAUGAUAAAGGAUAUUAUAAAGGAUACAGAAAAACAGCCAAAGAGAUACACGGAGCGAGGUCCAGAAAGGUCACUAACCCAGGAGCUUCUGUCUCUAUGGAACUGAGGUGCUCCACCAACCUGGAGGCUCAGAAAAUUGCAUUGUCCAAGUUUUAUAGAGUCAGUCUACCGUUCCCUUACCCCCACCCUUUCACAGAGGUUGAUGGGUGGGGCUGAAAGUUCCAGGCCUCCAUUUGCUUGGAUUUGCUAGUGUCCAGUCCCACCUGAGCCUAUCUAGGGACCCCACACUAAAUCAUGGUCAUUAACCUAAACCCACAGUGGGCUCUCUAUAAAGGACACUCCUGUCACUUGGGAAAUUCCAAGAGUUUGGGAAGCUUUGUUCCAGGAACCAGAAACAAAGACCAAUGCAAUUUUGUAUUAUACCACAGGUGAUCACAAGCCUGGAUCGCUAUCUCACUCCCAUAGCAAAAUAAGUUCCAGAUGAAUCAAGGAUUGUAAAAUAAUGAGAAAACAAACCCAAAAAAUGAGCGGGGGGGAAGCAUGGUAGAAUUAAAAGGAACAAUUUCAGAGUGAGCUUUCCAAAGUGUGACGUGAAAGUCAGAAGUCAUAAAUAGAUUGAUAAAUUCAACUACAUAAAAAUGAGGGGUUUCUGCACAACACACGCAAGAAUGCACAGCCGAUGUCAGAAUGCAAGCGGUGAGCUGAGGAAAUACAUCCGACGAAACUGCUGACAGAAGAAGAGUUCAUUUCCUUAGGAAACACAGUGUUCAUACGAUUCAAGGAAAAGACUAAUCCAUUAGAAAAGUGGGCACAAGGCUCGCUUUCCCGAGACAUUUCCCAGCAAAGGAAUUACAGGGGGAAAUAAACAUGAAAAGGUGAUGACCUUACUCCUAAUGAGAGACAUGCAAAAUAAAACCACAGCGACCUAUAAUUUUUCACCCUUCCUACUGGCAAAGAAUGAAAACGUCUGCUAGCACACCGUGCUGGACCGAGUGAGAGGCACCGGGCAGUCCGAUUCCCUGGUGGGAGCGUAAACAGAGGCAGCCUCUGUGGAGGGCACUUCCUGUCAAUGUGUAAAUGCUCAGCCUCUGGCCCAGCAAGUCCACGUGCAGGGUUGCACCCUCCAGACAGUCUCCCACACGUGUGCCAGCCGUGUGUGCCUUUGUACACAGCUCCUCACUGCAGCACUAUUUUUAAUCAUGGAGAAGACUGGAAACAAAUAACCACUGAUGGGGGAAUGGGUUAACCACGUGACAGUACUUUUAUACAAAUGGGAUGUCAUACAGAUGUUUCCAAGAAUGAUAGGGAGGGUUUCCAAGACCCAAUAUUUAAUUUUGUUUUAAAGGGGGUGGUGGGGUGCCUGGGUGGCUCAGUCGGUUAAGUGUCUGACUUCAGCUCAGGUCAUGAUCUCGCGGUUUGUGAGUUCGAGCCCCAAGUCGGGCUCUCUGCUGUCAACGCAGAGCCUGCUUCAGAUCCUCUGUCCCCCUCUCGCUGCCCGUCCCCCUUUCUCCCAAAAAUAAAUAAACAUUAAAAAUUAUAAUAAUAAUAUUUUCAGAAGGGGGUGGUGCCUGGGUGGCUCAGUUGGUUAACUCUUGAUUUCAGCUCAGGGCAUGAUCCCAGGGUCAUGGGAUGGAGUUCCUUGUUGGGCUCCACGCUGGGUGUGGAUCCUGCUUAAGAUUCUCUCUCUCUCUCUCUCUCUCUCUCUCUCUCUCUCUCUCUCUCUCUCUCUCUCUCUCUCUCUCCCUGUCUCCCCCUCAGCCCAUCUCCCCAACUCAUCCUCUCCCUCUCUCUCUUCAAAACAAAAAAAUGGCCAGAGACAGGACUUCACUGAUUGCAAAAGCCAAGGUAGUUUUAAUUGGAAGUCUUCAAACUGAGGUACAUGAACCACUCCUACCCUCACUCCCAG